CCUCGACACAGUGCAUGCAAUGGUCAACAUGACAAGCUCCAAUUCAAUGCAAUAUAUCGGACUUAUACUGUUGGCAGCCAUUCUUUUACAAACCAUCGCAGUUGCCGUGACAUUCAUAUACUUCAGCAAUGUCCUGACCACGAUGAAGGAAACAUUCUCCAAGAGCAGUGUAUCAUGUUUGAUGCGCGGCAACAUCAGAACCAUCAAGGGUAUUGAUCCGAGUUCGACAGAGCUGAAAGACGACCCCUGCUGGCAAGUUACCCAACAGCUGCACUUCUUAAUCGAGAAGUCAAUGUCAAACCGCUAUCAGAAGGAAAUCACCUCAGCCAUAAAAGAUGAGGUGACCCGCAUGUUGCCGUCUCUGGUAAUUCAAGACCAGGAAACUGCUCCAAGACCCAAGAUUGCAGCUCAUGUCACUGGCAGUUUGCCUCCGGGCACAGACAAGGAUUUAAAAGGUCCUCUUAACAGGAAGGUCCAGGGCCAGAAGAUCCAGUCGUGGGAGUCCAAGAAAGGCCUGGCUUUCCUCCAGAAUGUGCAGCUCAGCGAGGGGGAGCUCGUCAUGCCACAGUCGGGCCUGUAUUACAUAUACUCCCAGAUCUACUUCAGACACACCAUGUCGCCCGACGAGGAGUAUGCAGACGACGCAGCCGGAGACAGUGCAGGAGGAGGCUCCUCUGUGCGGGGGAAGCCCAUGCUCCAGUAUGUCUACAAGAAGAUGGGCUCCUACCCGGUGCCCAUUCUACUCAUGAAGAACGCCCGGACCACCUGCUGGUCCCGGGACACCGAGUACAGCCUGUACUCCAUCUACCAAGCGGGGCUGUUUCAGCUCGGAGCCGGUGACCGGGUGUUUGUCACAGUCAGUAACAUGAGCACCAUAGACAUGGAUGAGAAGUCGAGCUUUUUCGGGGCGUUCUUAGUCAGCUAAAAGACAAGUCAUGAUCCACACAUCCAGUGGCUGUGCAAUGUCUUCAUAGACUCUUGUUUCACUGUGACGAGCUAGUCCACACACACAGAUUGCCGAUGUUGCUCGUCUCUGAAACAUCACUGGUGCUAUUGAGCGUUUUGAAAAGGUCACAGGCCUAUGCAUCAGAUAAACGGCAAAUGUGUGGUGGUGAACUAACAGUUCCAAAUAACGACACACUGUAAAAAAAAAAAAAAAAGAGUAGUGAUUGUAAGCACUUGAGGGUGAGAUACACUCCCGGACAUUGCUCAUCCUUCCAGUGGUAAUGAAGAUAAUUCUUCAGAAGCUGCAUUUGAAAAGGGAAGAUAAACCUGUAUAGGAGUUGCGACUGACGUAGCCCCCCCACCCCUUUUCUAGAGACAUUGUGGAGUUGUGCAAGCUUGCCCAGAAAGCUGCAGAAGCAGUGGAGCCAAGAGGCCUCAAAAGGACCAAGGACAGUGUUGCCAGAUUGGGCGGGUGCCCGCCCAAUUGGGCUACUUGGGAUGAGCGUCGGCGUGCAAAAACGGGAAAAAAUUGCCAUUUGGCGUUUUUUUAAGCCGUUUUGGGCCCAUAGAAGUCAAUGUAAUUUGUUGAAUUUGGGCGGAAUUUGGCGCAUUUUGGCGGUUUUUGAGAACCUUUUGGGCGGGAUUUGGUCAGACACAUCUGGCAACACUGACCAAGGAAGCGUCCAAGUCUUCUCUCCCUCAGCAGGGAUGACAGCCGUGUGGUGUGCAGGCCAGGGAGAUCUGCACCUCUGUCCUGUGUUGUGUUGUUCUGGAGAGGAGUGUGUCACGUGACAUGGUGUCUGUCUGUCUGUCAGGGCAGGAAGGCUGGACGGGACGCCGCUCAUUUUUCCAAGAGCGUUUCCUCCUCUCUGUUCCUGUGCAGAGAAUCUAUGUAGCAAGCAAUUUAAAGACUUUUUUGUACGUCAAAAUGAGGUGCCUAUUAUACAAAACAAAAAUUCACAGCACUUUUUUCCUUUUGGGCGAGAGAUAAAAAUGUGAAUGAGUAAAUCUGUUGAAAAACUGUGUAUUUUUUUUACUUCAUAGUUGGACUUUUUAGUGAAAUUGUCAUUAAAUGUGGGUGAGGACACAUUAGUGUGUAGACUCAGUAGGAGAAAUCUACAACACCUGAAUGUUUCCAAAGGUCUAAAUACUGUGAAGUCCUCCUAUCCUGUUAUUAAAAAGUAUAUUUUCCUUGCAUAUCUCAGUCCAAACAACUGUAGCUUGUGAUCAAUGAGGAGUGGAUUUGCUGAAUGGGUUGGGGAGGUGUCAGUUAUCGGCCUUUCAUGAAUGUAAAUGUACCACUAAGGUCAUGAUUUGUUUAUUUCAGUGUUGUCACACCAUGUUAAAUAAAGUUUGGACUGAUACUAAUCUGGAUGGUUUUCAUUACCAUGACUUAUUUUACUGCCCAAUUGGAAGACACAUGCAAUGGAAACUUCCUGAAGUAUCUGUGAAAAUGUACCAUAAAGCUGUAGAUAAAAAGAUGGAUGAUGACUUGAAUGCAUAAAACAUUUGACAGUGAAUUUGUUAAUCCAAAUGGGAAUCAAAGAAAUGAAGGAAAUUAAUUCUCCAUACAGUGGUGGUAAUAAUAUAUUUAACCCCUUGCUGAUUUCGUUGGCUUGCCCACUAGACAUGAUCAGUCUAUUAUUUUAAUGGUCAGAUGUUUAUGAUCAUUCUUUAAUUUAGAGGUCAAACC